CCACUUCCGACUUUAAGCCUUCCUGUUGCCGUCCGGUGUGGCGGUUUCCUCGCGGGGGAAAGCGUCUGCGCUCAGUCGCUCGGCAGCCCGAGCCUGCAGCAGCGGCCAGGCGGCCGUCCCCGCGGCCGGGCGUACCCCCGCAGACGCGCUCCGCUUCCAGAAGCGCCGGGCUCCGCUCAGAGCUCCUAAAAGCCCUCCCGCGUCCUGAUCCAGGAGCAAAACUAUGUCAGGAAUGGAGGUUUGCUAAACCAGAAAAUUCGGAGGAGCACAUUAAACUGGUGGAUGCAGCAGAUGUAAGCGCUGUGCAAACAUCUCAAACCCGUUCAGAUGUUGCUGUUUCCUCAAGUUGCAGGUCUAUGGAAAUGCAGGAUCUAACCAGCCCGCAUAGCCGUCUGAGUGGUAGUAGUGAAUCCCCCAAACUCGAUAACUCUCAUAUAAAUAGUAAUUCCAUGACUCCCAAUGGCACCGAAGUUAAAACAGAGCCGAUGAGCAGCAGUGAAAUAGUUUCUACAACAGCAGACGGGUCUUUAGACAAUUUCUCAGGUUCAGCAAUUGGGAGCAGUAGCUUCAGCCCAAGACCAACUCACCAGUUCUCUCCACCACAGAUUUACUCUUCCAACAGACCAUACCCACAUAUUCUUCCUACCCCUUCCUCACAAACUAUGGCUGCAUAUGGGCAAACCCAGUUUACCACAGGAAUGCAACAGGCUACAGCGUACGCCACGUACCCACAGCCGGGACAGCCCUACGGAAUUUCCUCAUAUGGUGCAUUGUGGGCAGGCAUCAAGACUGAAGGUGGAUUGUCACAGUCUCAGUCACCUGGACAGACAGGAUUCCUCAGCUAUGGCACAAGCUUUGGUACCCCUCAACCUGGACAGGCGCCGUACAGCUACCAGAUGCAAGGUAGCAGUUUUACAACCUCAUCAGGCUUAUAUACGGGAAAUAAUUCACUCACAAAUUCCUCUGGAUUUAACAGUUCACAACAGGACUAUCCGUCUUAUCCUGGUUUCGGCCAGGGCCAGUACGCACAGUAUUAUAACAGCUCCCCGUAUCCAGCACAUUAUAUGACGAGCAGCAACACCAGCCCCACGACGCCAUCCACCAACACCACUUACCAGCUUCAAGAGCCACCAUCUGGCAUCACCAGCCAAGCAGUCACAGAUCCUGUGGCAGAGUACAGUACGAUCCACAGCCCAUCAACACCCAUUAAAGACUCAGACUCUGAUCGAUUGCGACGAGGUUCAGAUGGGAAGUCACGUGGGCGGGGCCGAAGAAACAAUAACCCUUCGCCUCCCCCGGACUCUGAUCUGGAGAGGGUGUUCAUCUGGGACCUGGACGAGACAAUCAUUGUUUUCCAUUCAUUGCUUACUGGGUCCUAUGCCAACAGAUAUGGGAGGGAUCCACCGACUUCAGUUUCCCUUGGACUUCGAAUGGAGGAAAUGAUCUUCAACUUGGCGGACACACAUCUAUUUUUUAAUGACUUAGAAGAAUGUGACCAAGUUCAUAUAGACGAUGUCUCUUCAGAUGACAAUGGACAGGACCUAAGCACAUAUAACUUUGGAACAGAUGGCUUUCCUGCUGCAGCAACCAGUGCUAAUUUAUGCUUGGCAACCGGUGUGCGGGGCGGUGUAGACUGGAUGAGAAAGUUGGCCUUCCGCUACCGACGAGUCAAAGAGAUCUACAACACCUACAAAAACAAUGUCGGAGGUCUGCUUGGUCCGGCCAAGAGGGAAGCCUGGUUGCAGCUGAGGGCCGAGAUCGAGGCCCUGACGGACUCCUGGUUGACACUGGCCCUGAAAGCUCUCACGCUCAUUCACUCCCGGACGAACUGUGUGAAUAUUUUAGUAACAACUACUCAGCUGAUCCCAGCGUUGGCGAAAGUCCUGCUGUAUGGAUUAGGGAUCGUAUUUCCAAUAGAAAAUAUUUACAGCGCAACUAAAAUAGGAAAGGAAAGCUGUUUUGAGAGGAUAAUUCAAAGGUUUGGAAGAAAAGUGGUGUACGUCGUUAUAGGAGAUGGUGUGGAAGAGGAACAAGGAGCAAAAAAGCACGCCAUGCCCUUCUGGAGGGUGUCCAGUCACUCGGACCUCAUGGCCCUACAUCAUGCCUUGGAACUGGAGUACCUGUAACUGCCACAUAGCACUUUGAAAUCGCACAUCUGCCCUGUGACCAGGAACGAAUCCAGCAGGCCUGCAUCCCGUGUCAGCGCUGGACUCCAAACUAGCGAUUUCAACUUAUUGAUGCCCAGCUGCUGGGGGUCCUCACCUCUGCCCUAGCGGGAUGUGAAGGACCACAUCCCUUUCUUCAGAACAGCUGUUGACUCUCGUACUGUGAAGCCCAUGAAAAUAAGCCAUGAGAAUGUUCUAGCACAGUGUGAUGUGUCUUGGCCACAUUAACUACAUGGUUCAAACCUGUGAAGAAAGGAUCUGCAGAUGCUUAAGUUUUUAGAAUUUUCAAUGUGAUAUAAACAGCUUCUCCAAUACGGCCAACUUGAUUGCACAACGAAGACUGAAAUGUGUUUCCUGAAUACCAGUGGGGGGAUUUUUCUUGUAAAGGUUUACUUUUUGGUGUCUCAUAUCCAGGGUAAUCUCUACAUCUCUACUUAUUUAUGAACAGACUUUAAAAAAAAAAACAGCUUUAUUGAGGUAUAAUUCAAGAACCAUACAGUUCACUUGAACAGACUUUUCGGACAUCAAAUAAUUGAAGAGAUGAUUAGCUUAAGAGAAGCAAUUAAAGACCCUGGCCUCACGACACAGCAAGUACUUUGAAUUUUAGCACAUUGCAAAGUAGUUUAAAAUAUGUCUAAUUUAAACGUAUAAUAUGUACAUCACUGAGACAAUCAUGUACAGAAAGAAUUUUUGGUGUAAAUUUGUAAUAAUGGAUGAUUCUUUUACAUAUUGUUUAGGAAAAGGAUGCUGAGAGGUAGCAAUGCCUUGCUCGUGAAGUAUGAGGCAGUGUGCACUGAUGUGCAGCGCCUCAUCCAAGUACUGGGUAUAAAUAUGUAGAUAAUGGAUUUUU